AGAGCUCCGGUGGGGACAGACACGUGAUCUCCAGCUGCAACACACCUGGGAACUAAACAGGUUUGCACUCCCAAGAGCGCUUGCACCCAUCACCGCACUACUUUCUGCAGCCGCUAGGGGGUGAAAGACCGGGUGUCAUUCUCACCCUAGAGGCAACUGCAUUUGGAUUGGAUAUAUGCUUUGCGGUCGUGGCUGAUGGAUUUAUACGAAGGAGGAAAAGUUCCCGAUGGGGAGAAUGAAGACGUCGACUCUCUCCGGCAACGCAAUGUCCAGCCGGAGUCUCAGUCUGAGAGCAAGGACGACAACUCCACCACCACGGGAGACGUCGUUCAGAUGCAGCGAAAUGUGGGACUCAUCAGCGGAAUAUCUAUCAUCGUCGGAACUAUCAUAGGGUCGGGUAUUUUCAUCUCCCCCAAGGGUGUCCUGAGGGACACGGGGUCGGUGGGACUCAGUCUGGUGGUGUGGGCAGCCUCGGGACUCAUCGCGCUCCUGGGUGCCUUGUCCUACUCCGAGCUGGGGACGCUGAUCCGACUGUCGGGAGGGGAGUACGCCUACAUCCGCAUCGCCCUCGGCAACAUCCCCGCCUUCCUCUUCUCCUGGACGUCCGUCAUUGUCAUCAGGACGUCGUCGCUGGCGAUCAUCACGUUGACGUUCGCCAACUACGUGGAGAGUUUGUUUGCCAUGUGUGGUCAUCCGAACAUUCCCAUAAAGAUAGUGGCGGCCAUUGCACUAAGUGAGUUAAAUACCUUUCGAAGAUAUUAUACUGUCAAACUGAUGUACCCUGGAUUGAUGUGUGUUGUCUGUAUCAGCACGAGUCUGCACCUGUACUUAUUCCUCAUCAAAGGGAACACCAGCGUCGUGGCAGAGGGCUUCAAGGGCUCCACAGAAUCACCAUCAACGAUUGCACUGGCUUUCUACGGAGCCUUGUGGGCAUAUGACGGCUGGAACAACCUUAAUUACGUUACGGAAGAGCUGAAGUCUCCCUCGAAAAAUCUUCCACGUGCAAACAUCAUAGCUGUCCUUCUCGUCACCAUCGUCUACGUCUUGACCAACAUCUCCUACCUCACCGUGAUGACUACACAGGAGCUGCUAAACUCCAAUGCAGUUGCUGUGACCUGGGGAGACCGCGUUCUUGGGGUAGCCGCCGUCAUUAUGCCACUGUCCGUGAUGGUGUCAACGUUUGGUGCAACCAAUGGAACUGCUUUCACUGGAGGAAGGGUCGUAUAUGCGGCUGCCAGGGACAACAAUCUGCCCGAGAUAUUGUCCUACAUCCAAGUGAAGCAGUUAACUCCCCUGCCCUCCAUGAUGUUCACGAUUUUCAUCGCACUCCUCAUGAUCAUCCCCGGCGACAUAGGCAGCCUCAUUGACUUCUUCAGCUUCACCGCAUGGAUGUUCUACGGCAUGACCUUCCUCUCUCUUAUCGUCCUCAGGUUCAAGAUGAAGGAUGCGCCAAGACCAUAUAAGGUUCCAAUCCCAAUCCCGAUCAUCAUGCUGCUGGUCUCACUGUACCUGGUCAUUGCCCCAAUAGUGGAGGAUCCCCAAAUCGAGUUCCUGUACGCCUUCCUCUUUGUCGUGGGAGGUCUCAUCUUCUACUUCCCACUUGUACAUUUCAACCUAAAGGUUCCAGGUUUUGACAAACUGACUGAAUGGACACAGCUACUGUUGGAGGUCGUGCCCCCACCUGAAUUAUAGGAUGGUUACCUACAAUAUGAGUUGAUCUCUUAAGGUGAUAAAUACUCGUGUACUUCAUUAUGUGUAACCAGCUGAAUAUGUUCAAUAAGUAUAACUGAAGCUACAGUGCACAUGUUUAUACAAGUUGAUGUAUUUUACAUAACAAGCGUCCCACCAGAAUGCUCACCCGAUUUAUGGAAUAACAAUGUUCAACACCGAUGGCGUAAUUAGAGUCCUAUUUUUGUACAUACCAGCACCUGUCAUUUUCACCAAUUUGAUCGCUGCAUCGUCAUGUGGCGUUGUUUUAACAAUUAAAUAAUUAUAGUACCCAUCAAAGGUUUAGACUCACUAAAAGAGCUCACUAUAUGUAAUGUAUAUAGAUCUGGUUAUAUUGAAGAUGAAUUUCUCCACUAACUUGGGGGAACCAACUGCAAACCGUAUGCACAUGAAUUGAACGAGGAUCAUACAUCAAAUUGCUGAAAAGCAUGUGCAAAUAUCGUGCAUGUUAACAGCUGGUGUAAAGGUUGUUAAGAAUUCGCCCAAUUUUCACUGAGUUUCAUCAUUUAUUGAACUCAUGACAAUAACCUUUUCAACGUUAUGAAUUUGUUUUACAAUACAUCAGUUCAUAUGUAAACAGCACCUUUAAACAGCAUGGAAUAAUAUGCAAAAUCUAGCAUAGAACAGUUGACUGAAGUAAGUGGCUACAUUUACACUAGUGAGUCUAAACCUUUGAUGGGUAGUAUAUAUCAUAAAUGUAGAGUUUCAGAAACAUAUUCUAUCACGAUAUGUCGUUCCGUAGCUUCAUCAUCAUGUGUCGUUGUAAUUUGAUUGUUAUAUAAGAGUAUGUCGUUUCAACAUAUACUAUUCACACUUUGCUAAGAAUCAUUGAUUCAACAGAAAACUAUGAUGUGGGAUUUAAUUUGCUUUAAAUAUCUAAGCUCAUUGUAAGCAUGCAUCCUAGGUUUCAGUAUGUCGCUACAUCUUAUGGAUCCCAUACCUGCUAUUGACAGGUGUUGUGUACUUGUCAAUGACUCGUUCCAUGAUUUGCAAAAUGGUUGAUUGGUGCCAUGAAAA